AUGUGGGCAGACACUCUAUUAAUAGUUUUCAUAUCGAUAUGCACCGCUCUUCUCGGCGAAGGCCUCACCUGGCUGAUGGUAUACCGUACAGAGAGAUACCAGAAACUUAAAACCGAAGUUGAAAAACAGAGCAAAAAACUGGAAAAACGCAAAGAAACUCAUGGAGACACCUUGGACAAGCAACAGAAAAAGAAAAUUGAAAGGGAAGAGGACAGGCUCAAGCACAACAACCGUGAUCUUUCUUUUGUAAAAAUGAAGUCGAUGUUUGCUAUUGGAUUCGCUUUCACUGCUUUACUGGGCAUGUUUAACAGCAUUUUUGAUGGAAGAGUAGUGGCCAGGCUACCUUUCCAACCAUUAACCUGGAUCCAAGGCUUAAGUCACCGUAAUUUACCUGGAGAAGACUACUAUGACUGCUCCUUUAUAUUUUUGUAUAUUUUGUGCACAAUGUCCAUAAGGCAAAACAUCCAGAAAGUACUCGGGUUUGCCCCAUCUAGAGCAGCCUCUAAACAAAGCAAUAGCUUGUUUGGACCUGCACCUGGCCAAUUUAAAUAA